CUUAAGAUAACAACGAUGAAAGCUCCUACAAGGUUCUGCCUUCUCUGACCCUCCAAAAUGGCUCCGACCACCUCAAAGAUGAGUAAUGCACUCUGCAAAAAGUGCAACAAGAAAGUUUUCACCUCCAUUACAUGUGUCCAGUGUUCCUGUAGAUUCCACCCAACGUGUGCCAAAAGUCUGAACGAUGGUAAGCCUGUUAACUCUUCGACAUUUACUUGCACGUCGUGUAAAAACCCCUCAACGAAUGUGGCCGGAGUGGAAUACCAGCUACUUCUAAAUCAGAAAGAUGAAGUUAUACAAGUUAAGGAUCUUUUGAUUAAAAGUAAAGACGAGAUGAUCGAGCAAUUACGUAAUCAAAUAGAGAUGCUGAAACAGGUGAAAGCAAACUCUGAUGCUAAAAGCGAAAUUUCUGAGACGACCGACGGCGCGACGUCGAAGCCCUUCAAAGAAAAAAAGGAAGAGACUAAGAAGGAAGAGACUAGGAAGGAAGAGACUAGGAAGGAAGAAACUAGGAAGGAAGAGACUAGGAGGGAAGAUCCUGUGGAUAAGUCGGAACCUACUGUCUCCACUGCCAGUCUCCACAUUGAAGACACCCCCGACAUCACCAACAUCCUUCUUCUCGGAGAAACCGGUGUCGGCAAAUCCACCUUCAUCAACUCCUUCGCCAACUACGUGAACAGCAAAACCUUCGAUAUUGCCCGAAAAUCGAAAGCCGUGGUCCUCAUACCCACCCGAGUCACAGUCUACGACGCCAAAACUGGAGAAGACAAGUCCAUAAAGGUGGGUGACGACGGCAACGAAAGACAAGAAGUGGGCUCGUCAGCCACCCAGUCGGUCAAAACGUACGUUUUCCCCGCCGGAGGGGACAGACUCAUCCGCCUGAUCGACACCCCAGGACUUGGAGAUACCGAGGGCGUGGAAAGGGACAACCAAAACUGCGAAGAAAUUUUGGCCUACUUGGCUCAGCUGAACAAGAUCAACGCCAUCUGCCUGCUUAUGAAGCCCACGAACGACAGGAACACGACGUUGUUCAGCUACUGCGUCCAGAGAGUCUUGUCGCAGUUCCAUAAAAGCGCCUGCAGGAACGUGGUUUUCCUGUUCACGAACGCCAAAGGCAGUGACUACACCGCAGGUGCCACGCUGCCUAUCCUGAGGGAACUGACGGCGAAAAUUACCAAAGAGAAUAAAGAUAUAGUCAUUCCCAUAACGAAGCAGAACGUUUUUUGUCUCGAUAAUGAGAGUUUCAAGCACUUGUUGGCGCUAGAACACAAGGUGGUUUUGCGAGAGAUGACGAUCAGAAGCUGUCAGGAGAGCUGGAAAAUCUCUUGCGAAGAAAUUCUGAGAUUUAUGGCAUAUAUUAAAGAGCUGGAGCCGCACAACCUCAAGCAGACCAUCAGCAUUAACAAAACGAAGGAUUUGGUUCUCCAGCUGUCGAAACCGUUGUCCGAUAUUUCGCAGCUCUUGCAAGAAAAGAUCAUCCAACUAGAAGGAAAAGAUGAACAAUCGAAGAAAGCAGGUGUGAGCAUUGAAGAACUGAAAAAGAAACUGUAUAAGUCGGCCAUCGACUUGGAAAUAAUCACUCUCGACCACGCAGUUUUGGUCUGCACCAACGCAAGUUGUGUGGAACCCGUCAAGGUCGGUAACACAACAAAGUUUCAGUAUAAAACGAAAUGCCAUGAUCCUUGUGUACUAGGAAAAGUGAAUUACGAAAUACUAGGCCACUGGAGCCUGAGGGCAUGCAGCCAGAUGACUUGGGGUUUCAAUUGUAAACACUGCGAGUGUCCUGGUUCGAAACAUAUGAAUAUUUACUACGAUACUAGAAUUGUUGAAAAACAGAUCGUGGACGAAGGCGUGCAGACGAAUAUUACGAGCGAACAAAAACAACGCGAGAAGCUCGACAGACUAAUCAAGAAGCUGACACAGGAAAGAAAUGAACUCGAGGACGAACGGAAGUUCAUAAGUGACUGUGCAGCCAAGUUUGCGUAUUAUUUGCAGAAUAAUGCCAUGACGUCGGCGUACGACACUUACAGAGAGUACAUCUACUUAAAUUUGGAAAGUCAGAAGAGUCUUGGAAAGAAGGCCAACAUGAAAGUUAUCGUGAAUCUAACCGACGCUUUAAAAAAGCACGACGAACUGAUAAAGGUUCUUGGCCAGAAGCAGAAACUUCCAGGCGGAGAAAAGAUCACUGACGAAAGUGUACACAAUGACGCUCAAAAACUUUUCAAAUUGAAGCACAUGGGGCCGAAGAUUCAAGAAAUUUUCGACGCGAGGGAUAAGUGCGCCAAGAAAGGAAUUGUAGCAAACUUGAAGUCUGUUCUCACUGCAACGAUUCCGAAAUGGUUUUGGGGAAAAUAGCUCAAAACCAACCCAUGCAUUUUAAUUUUUUAAUGGUAGUAAAGUGGUAGCAGUUUCAAAUAAAAUCACCCAUGAUUAAGAA